UGCAGUGCAUUGUGGGAAGUGCAUUCCGCAGACACAGACACAGCAGCAUGGAGCUACACACUGUGCUACUGCUGUAAGGUAAAAUAAGGUACUGCUGCACAUGUCUGAAAGCAAGUGCUUGUCUUGGCUCUCACACUCCAUUCCAGGUAUCUAACUCAACAAGAGUGGAAUGGCCACCUCACAUAAGAGCCUGCAGCAAGUAAGAGACAUUAUCUCCUCUGCUCACACUGACUGUCCUCCUGCUCGAAAACUUCACUUCUAUGAUCACUGGGCCCCUGAAUAUGAAGAGGAUGUUUCUGUCCUGGAAUACAGAGCCCCAUAUCUUGCUGCAUCUGCAUUAGCGUCUGUGUUUCACUCUAACCAGGACUCGCAACUGGUGCUGGAUGUAGCGUGUGGCACUGGACUCGCAGCUCAAGAGUUGCACCGUUGUGGAUUCCGCUUGUUUCAUGGUGUGGAUGGCAGUGCUGGCAUGCUGCAAGUGGCUGAAACCAAGAGGCUGUACCUGGAGCUGAAGCAAUGCAUGCUGGGACAAGAAUCACUGCCCUUUUCCUCUGAUUUGUACAAUGCUGUUAUCAUUGUUGGAGCACUAAGUGAUGGACAGGUUCCAGUCUCUGUGAUUCCUGAGCUGUUGCGUGUUACCAAACAGGGUGGCUUUGUCUGCCUCACGACUCGCAGCAACAAAUCCAACCUUCAAUAUAAAGCUGAGUUAGAGCAAGAACUGUCUACCCUGAAGACCCAGGGAUUGUGGGACUGUAUCUUAACACAGGAGGUAGAAAAGUGGGAAAAAGCCACAUCAGAAAAGGAAGUUACAGAGGAUACAGACUAUAUAUCUGGUGUUAUAUACUUGUAUCAGAAAUGCGCUUCUAAUUGCUAGGUAGUUUUUAAAGCUUUAUUAUUCAUUAAACCUACUUGUAAGUUAAACAAUGUCAACAUUUUCAGUGGAGUUUUAAAUAAAUAACAAAUUGCCUGAUUUGAUUUUCCCACUGAAUAUAAAAAUCUAAAUUGGCCAUGAAUAUUUUAGUGGGAAGAAUGUUUACAGCUUCUCUUGGGAUAUGCCAAAAAUCAAUCAUAGGGUCAAAUACACUACCUGUACUGAUAAGUAUAUAUUACUGUGAGUUACCGGCACUGAUCAUUUUGUAAGUUCUCAAUGGGGGGGAGGGGUGCACCAACCCCAAAAAUUAGAAAUAGAAGGAGAAAGGAAAUGGAUGUCAAAAAUGGGCACAUUUGUGUAUUCCACAUAACCAAAACAGGUGUUAUAAUGUGCCAUAACCAAUGAAACAGCACUCAAAAAAUAUACAACAGAUGCCUUAAUAUGGCCAUGCACUGGCAGAUAAAAGAUCCCGACUUGGCCCCUCCAGAUCAAGUCAGCACUGCAGUUUAUUGGGUCGCCUGUCCGACCAAUAUUUGGCUGAAAACCACCAAGAUAUAAAGCAGGCUAUAAAAUCCUUUUGGGCGGGCACCACAUCAAUGCAUUGAUGAGGUCCUCUAAUGAUGGGUCUGCAGAAGCCUGGGGGCCAAAAAAUCAGAUUAGUAUGAUUUUGCUCAGAACAUAGAUGGCCUAAAACCGCAAAGAUCACAGAAUUAUUAUUAUUUUUAUGUAUAUACAGCUUUAGUUUGUAUUAACUCUCUGGAAAAUAACAGCAGGGAAAGCAGAUUCAUCAACUGCAGGUGGUGGUGUUUUUGUUAGCGGAGUAUGGAAGAUCACUAGUGCCUUGAAUGAUGAACAAUGCCUAUAUGUUCAUGGGCAUAAGUACUGUCAUUUUUCUGUGACAUUAAGCAAAACUAUUUAUGCCUUGGAGAAUUUACCCUGUGAAACAGUAAAUUAUUUUAAAUAUG